UAAAGUACCAAAACUUGUCUCCACCCCUGCAGAGUCCAAACUCCGUGUUAGUUCCGUUUGUUGUUAGAUAUUGUCUGCGCUCGAUAAAAAGUGGAAGAAAUGUAUAACAGGAAAUGAAGUAAAUGAGGGAGAGACGCAGCUGGGAGCCACUGGAGCAGCAGGACAGGACUGCAGGAUUUACCUGAGAGUCCCACUGAGAGGGAUCUGAGAGGGAUCUGAGGUUACACUGCUGUGCAGGUUUACACACGUCCCUGCACCUUCCACACACACUUCGGUUCAGCUUCAAUCCGGACUGCACUCUUUUCACUGCUGGACUGUGGGCUUUUGUUUGUGAAGAUGGUCUCAGAGGAGGACAUCUCAAAGGAAGUGCUCGAGAGCGUGCAAGAUGCGGUGGGCCGGCAGCUCAAACUGAGCCUGAGAAAGAAGGUGCAGCUGGAGGGCAAAGGUGACAAACAAGACAACCGAAUCCUGGCUCUGGCUCCACAUCGGGCAUUUCUGCUGUCAGCUCGAGUUCCUGCUAGGAUAGAACAAAGCUUCAAUUUCUUUGACAUCCAAGCAGUGGGCAGCAGCAAGACAGGCCAGUUGGUGGUGGACUAUGAUAAAGGACAGCUGUGUGUGAAGCUCAGCUCUAAUGAGGAGGUUGAUGAAGUCAUCGCUCAGAUAGGAGUCAGCAUACAGGAGCACUGCCCCGGACUCAACCCACUGAGGGUGAUGAAGAAGUUAUCUCUGAAGCCCACUGAGAGGACAACCAGUCUACAGGCACUCUGGGAAAAUAAUCCUCCCACUGAUACUGGACCCUGUGGUGCUUUCUCUCGUAUGUACUGGUGUGUGUGUGAUCAGAUGGGGCUGCCUUACAGAGCGGAGGUGCAGUGGGACGUGGACACUAUCUACCUCACCCAAGACACAACAGAGCUCAACCUACAGGACUUUAUCCACCUGGAGACCAGGGACCUGGUGGCCAUCGUGGCAGUGCUGGAGUACAACCAGUGGUUCACUAAACUCUCACUCAAGGAUUAUAAACUGCCUACAGAUUUAUGUGAUCAGAUCUUGAAAGUUGUGGCUCGUUCAAGCAGAUUAGAGGAGCUGGCUCUGGAAAACACAGGACUCAAAGCUGAUUUUGCACAGAAGUUGGCCAGCGCUCUGAGCCAGAACCCGCACUCGGCUCUACACACACUCAACCUGGCCAACAACUCAGUGGAGGACAAAGGUAUUGUGUCUCUGAGUUCCCCACUGGGAAAACUUCAAUCUGGACUGAAACAUCUGAACCUCUCAAAAAACUCCCUCUCGGCUAAAGGUGUGAACAUUCUGGCUCAGUCUCUGUGUUCCAACUCGUCCUUCUUUAACACACUUACACACCUUGACCUGUCUGGAAACACACUGAGGGGAGACGACCUGCCUAACCUGUGGAACUUCCUGAGUCAGCCAAACAACCUGCACACUCUGGACCUGUCCAACUGUGACUGUGCUCUGGACCUGGUCUGCUCUUCUUUACUCCGAGGCUCUCUGAAGCAUCUUACUGUCCUCAACAUGUCCAAGAGUGUCUUGAGUAUUAAGAAAGGAAAGGAGCUGCCCUCCUCCUUUAAGCAGUUCUUCAGCGCUGCCCUGGCCCUCAACACCAUCGUCCUCUCCGGCACCAAACUGCCUCCAGAGGCCCUCAAGGCUCUGUUGCUGGGUCUGGCCUGUAAUCCCAAUUUAAAAGAUGUCUCUUUGGAUCUGAGCAGUUGUGAGCUGCGGUCAGCUGGAUCUCAGAUUCUGGAAAGCUGUAUAGCUGAAAUCCCCAAUGUCUCUAGCCUGGAUAUUUCAGACAACGGUUUGGACUCAGAUCUGACGACUCUGCUGGUGUGGCUGGCUAAGAAUCGCUCCAUCAGACAGCUGUCUCUGGGCAAGAACUUCAGCAACAUCAAAUCCAAGAAUCUGGGGCAGGUGCUGAACAGUUUGGUUCUUAUGAUCCAGGAGGAGGAAUCUCCACUCAGCUCUCUGUCCCUGGCUGAUUCCAAGCUGAAAGCUGAUUUGUCCAUCGUGCUGAACGCUGUGGGGGGGAACAGCUCCCUGACUCGCCUAGACAUCAGCGGCAAUGGGAUGGGAGACAUGGGGGCUAAAAUGCUGGCCAAGGCCCUGCAGAUCAACACCAAACUCAGGACUGUGAUUUGGGACAGGAAUAAUGUCAGUGCUCAGGGUCUGCAGGACGUGGCAGCUGCUUUGGAGAAAAACUACACUAUCCGCUUCAUGCCGGUGCCCAUCAUGGAUGCUGCACAAGCUCUCAAGUCCAGCCCUGAGAAAACCGAGGACGCCCUCAUGAAGAUGGAGCAGUAUCUCUUGAGGAACCAUGAAACGAGGAAAUACCUACAAGAACAAGCCUACAGACUACAGCAAGGCAUUGUCACGUCCACCACACAACAGAUGAUUGACAGGCUAUGUGUGAAGGUGCAGGACCACCUAAACUCUCUUCGCUUCAGUGAGAGAGAGAGAGUUCAGGAGGACAUGAGAGCAGCGGAGAGACUCGUCAAGGACGCACGCAACUCGAAGAGACUGCUGGCCAGUAUGUAUCAGCUGCGCUCGGCACGGCGUGGAGGUAGAGGCGGAGAUGAAGAUGGAGCUGGAGAAGGAGGUGGAGAAGGAGGAGGAGUAUGUGAGGCGGUUGAGAGCCCGUGGGUGGCUCCGAUCCAGGACAAACUUCAGUCGAUGGCGGGAGAAGUCAGCACUGUCAUAAACCAGCAGCUGCAGAGUUUGUUGGUGUCGAUGGUGGACACGGCGGAGAGUAUGUGUCCUCACGUGAUGCGCACAGCGAACCUGAGGCCGACUCUGAUGCGGGUGAGCGAGGGGAAGAUGAGCGUGCCUCGAACCUUCAUCACCAACACUCUGCUCGAGCAGUCUGCCAUCGACAUCAUCAACAAGAUCAGUGAAGUAAAGCUCAGCAUGGCCUCGUUCCUGUCCGACCGCAUCAUUGAUGAGAUCUUAGAGUCUCUCUCUCGCUCUCAGCACACACUGGCGGAGCAUCUGAGUAGGCGUAGCCAGCCGCUGAUCCAUCAUGAUUCGGAGGAGACUGAGGUUCUGGAGGAGGGGCAGCUGGAGCCAGAGAACCUGCCACCACCUUCAUCUGACCUGCUGCUGUCUCCAACCUCCAAGAGGCAGAGCAUCCUGUUCCGGAUGGUGCGUCCCAUCUCCGUGGCCUUUGAGCUGGAGUUUGAUUUGGAUAAAGCACUGGAACAUGUGCCCAUCCACAUGGAAGAUCCGCCCCGUCCUCCACCCCCUGAACCUGUGGAGGCGGAGUUAGAGAGGCCCGAGAGUGUGUGUUUCAUUGAUCUACCAGAAACAGAGAGCCCCAAACUGCAGCACAUAACCAAACUUCGCCCACGCAGGAAGAAGACCAACACCAAACCGAGAAAAGCAGCUAGCGCUCCUUCAGCAGACAUGGAGCAGACAGAGUUUGUUGGGAAAGUGGAUGAGGGCCUGGAGGAUUUCUUUGCCAAAAAAGUCACAAAGAUUGGCACCAAGCUUUCCUUUAUAAAAGACGCAGGUCCAGAAGGGGAGAGGAAGCGGGAAUCUCGCAUGAGUGGCUUCUUCAACCUCAUUAAAUCACGCACCUCCAUGAAAUCCCCGCCCACCAGCCCACACACACCCACACCCACACCCACACCCACUCCCACUCCUGCACCAACAAAUGCCACCAUGCCACCUACCACUGAAUCUGAAAACGUCGAAUCCACAAAGCCUGCAGUGAAAAGCCCCGUCCUCGAACACACUCAAGAACCAAUCAAGACUCAGAUAGCGGAGAAAGUUGAACCAUGUGAACCUGUAGAUACAGCCAUGACCUCUGAGAGUAAAGGUCAUGCGGAGGAGGGUAAGAAGCGGGAGGGGCCACACGGGGGGCGAAUCCGAGGGGUGCAGGUGAUGGGGAACGACUUUCUGGCACAGCUGAGGGCAAAACAGGAGAAGAUGAAAGAGAAAGCAAGUGAAUCCUCAUCUGCGAACAAAGCCGAAUCCAAUCACGCUGAUGGCGACAGUGCGGCUGUAGAGAAGCCAGCGCAGAAAGAGCACCACCAGGAUGCUGCGUCUAAAUCUCCCUCUCCUUCUCCCCUUCUCCUGAAACCGACUGCUCCUGCUUCUGUCCACACACCUCCAGCCAAACAAACCCUUCCAGCAGCACACACUGGCCUCAAAGCCUCACUCAGCCCACCAUCCAGCAACCACAAAUCCACUCCGAGCAGCCACCCAGAGCACCACCUGAGCCAGGAGCACCUUCCUCGCAGCCCCCUGAGCAGCUCCAGCACAUCUGCCAAUGAUGUCUCAGGUCACCUCGGUGCUGUCUCCUCCACCAAACAAUCUGCAACGGCUCAACACCAGAAAGAGGAGUCAUCGAAAGAGGAACAUAUAUGUGUCUCUCCUGGCUCACCUCCUAUAGUGCUGGAUCUUGCAGCAGAGGGCAGUGUGUUUGAGCCAGACUCACCCACACAGCCAUCACACGCUGCAGCAGCAGGGCAACGCUGCGCCUCCCUUCACACCGUCAGCUCCACCAGUGCUGCUGAAGAGAAAGAUGAUCGACAACGCACCGUGUCCCUGCCUGCACAAGUUGACCUUCUGACUCCUACAGACUCUACUUCAUCUCCUGAAACUCUGGAUCCCAGCAGCACUGACAUGCAGCUCCAGUCUUCUGCUGCACUUCAACACACAGACCCGACACAAGAGGAACUCUCAAGCAGCGAGGACGAGAGUGUGGAAUAAAAGCCAAAGCAGCAAGGGUCGAGUUUCCCAAAAGCGCCACAGCAGAAAGAUCACCAUUAAAUGGUAGAGCGAGCAUCACACUGAAUACUUUCUCUCCCAGUUAUGAUGAUCUGAAUUUUGCAAUGCUUUUCGGAAACUCAGCCCAGAACAUUAGUAUACAAUAAACACCAAACCACCCAGGAUGCCAGCUUAGAAUAAACACCAUGCAAUCAUAAUUUUUGAAUAAUUUUAGAAUAAGCACCAAAAUCAAGAAGGGCGAUAGUAAAUCACACCAUACCGAAGAGGACAACAGAGGAAAAUAAACAUUAAACCAACCAGGAUAGCAGUUGAGAUUAAACCCCAAAGCAAGCAAGAUGAUGGUGGACAACAGGCGACAACUUAAAUUAAACACAAAACUGAACAAGGCAACAGUUUAAGCCAAACACCAACGACAGCAUAGAACAAAAAACAAACCAAAAAGAACAAUACUGUACAAUAAACACCAAAAACCAAACUAGAGGAGAAAAAUGUAGAAAAAACACCCAUAUAAUCAGGAUAGGAAAGAACACCAAACAAACUAGGACAGGAAUGUAGAAUAAACACCAAACCAAAGAGAAAAAUAGUGUAGACCAAACACCAAAGUAACAAAUUAGAACAAACACCAAACCAACCAGAACAGCAGUAUCGAAUAAACACCAAGUAAAUUAUGGCUACACUUCUUCAAUUAUGACUACAGUUAUCACCAGAAAUAUAAAAUAUAAUAAACACCAAACCAGAAGGGACAAGUGUACACCAAACACCAAACCAACCAGGACGUAACUGUAGAAAAAACACCAAAACAAAAAGGACAACAGUGUACACCAGACACUAAACCAACCAGGACAUAACUGUAGAAUAAACACCAAAACAAAAAGGACAACAGUGUACACCAGACACUAAACCAACCAGGACAUAACUGUAGAAUAAACACCAAAACAAAAAGGACAACAGUGUACACCAGACACUAAACCAACCAGGAGAAAAAUGUAGAAUAAGCACCAAACCAUCCAGGUGAGAAAUAUAGAAUAAACAUCAAACCAACAGGACCACAGUGUACAAUAAAAUUAAAAAAAAAAAAACAAGACAUCAGUUUAGAAUAAUAA